GUGAACAAAAUAAUUGGUCCUGGAACAUAAUUUCCUGUGGUUUCUCUUUGACUCCAAAGAUGACAGCAGAAAGUAGAGACUAUGGUUUAGAGCAAGAAUCUACAACUUAUAUUGUUGGUGGAUGUCCAGAUUUUAUAGUGUAUCUAUUCACAAUAUUAGGAAUAUUAUAUUAUCCUGCUAUUAUUUCUAUUGUUAUGAUGUACCUCGGCACUGGAUUCUGUGGCUUUUGUAAAAAAAUUGGUAACCUUCCAGAAGAUAAAGAAAACAAAUUAUGGGACAAGCCUAAGCAAUUUAUGGCAAUGGUGACCUAUAUGAUUGGAAGAUUAUUACAUGGUUAUGAAAUUUGUGGAAUAGAAAAUAUUCCAGAAGGACCUGCUGUUCUUGUUUAUUACCAUGGAGCGAUGGCAUACGAUUAUUACUUCUUUAUAUUCACAUUCUAUAGAAUCACCGGUAGAUUCUUCUUUUCUGUGAUGGAUCAGCUCCUUUUUCGUCUACCAGGGCUAAAACUGCUUUUUGAAGUGAUUCACUGUAUUAAUCCUACAAAACAAGAAUGUGUGGCUCUUCUGAAAAAAGGACAUCUAUUGGGCAUUGCACCUGGUGGAAUUAGAGAGCAGAAUUAUAGUGACAAUACUUACAAGCUUGUGUGGGGAAAUCGAAAAGGAUUUGCUCAAGUGGCCAUUGAUGCAAAAGUGCCCAUCAUUCCUAUGUUUACUUCAAAUCUCAGAGAGGGAUAUAUCACAUAUGGAAACAUACGACCAAUGAGAUGGCUUUAUGAAAAGACACGUAGUUUAGUAUUUCCUGUGUAUGGACUAUUUCCAGUCAAAUUUCGAACAUAUAUUGGGCAACCCAUUUCAUAUGAUCCAAAUGUAACUGCAGAAGAAUUAGUUGAAAAAACAAAAAUUGCUAUGGAAGCUUUACAAAACAAACACCAGAAAAUACCAGGAAACAUAGUAAGAGCUUUGAGGGAACGCUUUGAGAUGCAUGACAGAAAUGAAUAAUGUGAAUAAAGGACUGUAAUAAUAUGCACCAAUAUUUUCAGACUUGUUCAUUGCACUGAACUUUUACAUAAAUACACAGCUGUUGUCCCACAAAUCCUUAAGAUAAAAACUUUAUAGUUGUAAUGUAUUGCCGCUCCAGCCUUCACUGCAUGUAUUUAUUAUCUCUGUGAUAGCUACUGAUAUUUCUCUGUUAAUAUUACUCUCUGUCU